CGCUUAUAGAAGAGGAAGAAAAAUAAAUAAAUACAUGUAAAUUAGAAGCAGCAUUAGAAAUAGCAAUAUUCUGAUUCGAUAGAAAUGAUUUGUCGUCUAUGCUUGGAGGAAACAAACAGUAAUUUUGAAAUUUUUUCCGAACAUGGUGAGACGGAAAUUGCUAAAGUCAUUGCCAAAUACUUCCACAUCGAGGUGCAACCCGAUGAUACUAUUUCAAACAUAAUUUGUGGAGAGUGUUUUCGGAAUAUAUUCGAAUUCCAUAGAUUUUGGUUGAGUAUAGAUGAGAAACAAAAAACACUCCAAACACAUCUGGUAUGUACACAAAUAAAACAAGAUGUCGAUGAAAUUGAAACGCAAUGUUUCGCGACAUCACACACAAAUUCUUCUAUUGACUGUAAAAAUAAUGAGUUACGUGAGCCGGAAAUUGACAUGGGAGUUGUUCAACCUAAUAUUUGCGCAAAUGGAUUAGAAUUCGUGGCUGCUGAAAUGAAGGAUGACGAAAUAUCGAUGGACCGAGAUUCAAUAUUGAGUCCAUUAAAUCCAGCUAUCGAUGAAUGUGAACCAGUUUCUCUGGCUUCGUUGCAAAAGGAGCUGAGAGAAAUGCGGAGCGAUAUCCGUGAAUCACGGGGGGAAAUAAAGACCACCUUACGGGACCUAGAAAGUAAGGUGGAAAGAAAUUUCAAGGACUUCGAAAAGAAGAUGCCAGAAAGAGCGGAAAGUCGGGUCCAGGGGCAGCUGAUGAGGGAGGUGAAAGUGGUGAUGACAAGAGUUCACCAGAGUAUUGCGCGCAUCACGGGAGAUGCUCUGAGUCCUGAGUAUAUCAAGAUUCAGAGUAUGCUCCCAAUAACAUCGCAGGAUGCGAUUAAUACUCUGGAGGAGCUCUUAAAUACCAAGUCAUACUCCGAAGCAAUGCUAAAUAUUUUGCUGAAGCUGAGGGGUGCUAAAGGAUGCAUCAAAGGGGUGAUGAAGCGCGUUUACUCCGACGAGUUGAUGUUCCAUUACAAUUUUGAGGGGAAAGCCAACAAAUCGGCGCUUUUGGACCUCAAAAGUCUGGAACUCAUUUUCGAUACAUUUAAUAGCACCCCGAAAAGCGAAGUCAUCGCUGAAAUUCGGAAAGCGGUUUUAAUGAGCCACAACCGAUAUAAGCAAGUCGUGAGGAAGCAAAAACAAAAAAUUAAUAUUCAAAAUAUUAACUAAAACUAAAAUAUUUCUAAAGCUAAUUUAACUAACACCAAAUCUAAUUUUAUAAUGUCAAAUUACUUUAAUUCAUGUUCAUUUUCUAACACCAAAACCUAAUUUAAGAAUGUAAAUAUUAUACUAAUUUAUGUACAUAAAAAGUAAAACGUAAAC